UUUGCACAUUAUUUCCAUGUUUAUUUCGCAACCUAGUAAGGUUGGAUGUGUAUGCAGUGGCAAUGUAGGGCGUGUAGAUGCAGUGUGAGUGUAGUGAGUUGUGUGUGUGUGCCGGGUGUAGGAGAGAGAGAGGAGUGAGAAGAAAGUAGUGAAGAAACUGAGUGAAGCAGAACCGAGUGUUUUGGUUAGUGAGCAGCAACAGGUUCACCCACACCCCACCUUACUCCACACACAGGUGCUAUCAUACCAACAUGAGUGAACAGUGUUUUUGUUUACGGUGGAACAACUACCAGAGUAGUGUAGUUGGAGUGUUACGUAGCUUGCUAGAGGAGGGGCAAUUUGUUGAUGUCACACUGGCAUGUGAUGGACGGAGAUUAAAGGCACACAAGCUAAUGCUAUCGGCGUGCUCAAACUUCUUCAGAGAAUUACUAAAGGAGAAUCCGAGUGAUCACCCAAUAAUUUUUCUACGUGAUGUGAGGUUUUGGGAGUUGGAGUCAAUAAUGGACUUCAUCUAUAAUGGCCAAGUAAAUGUCAUGCAGGAUCAGUUGCCAGGUUUUAUUCGAACAGCAGAGGCCCUACAGAUUAAGGGGUUGGCAGCAGUAAACAACAACAAUAAUAACAUCCAUGCCAAGCCUCCUGACCAGAGGCUUUUUUGUGGAGAUAUCGGACGACUUCAAGAACCUUAUUUGAGUGGUGGUGAGAUAGGAGAGCUACACCAACCUCCUCCUCUGAAGCGUCCCCGGAGACCACCUCCAAGCACUCAUUCUUUCCUGCCACCAAGACAAGAAAAUCCCUCACCAGUAACAAGAUCACCACAGGAAGAAAUACCAAACAAACCAACGAUAGCAGCCACUGCAUCCCAAGCAGUAGCAAAAUCCCAGUUACCAGUAUCAGAACCUUGCAAAACAGACCCAACUUUGGGAAUUGCUGUUCAAGGAACAGCAGUUGCAUCUACUCCAGCUGCUCAGGGAUCUUCAUAUUCAGCAGCGACAAGUCCUAAAGCAGGUACUGCAGUAGAAAAAAUUUCCUCUGCUGCGAAGAGUGAAGACGAGCGAACCUCCACACCAGAUGCUGAAUCAGACACAGAAUAUGGCAGUAAUGAUGGUUCAUCACUCAGUAUGAUAGAAAACCCAAAAUAUGUUGAAUGGUCUCCAGGGGAAACUCAGUCACCAGUAGCUAUAAACUUCAAUGAAGGUGGCUAUCCAGUAUGCAAAGUAUGUGGUAAAGUCUUCAAGCACCAGGGAUCUCUCGUUGCACACUACCAGGUGCAUCAGUUACGAACCAAGUGUCCUGUGUGCAAAAAAGUGCUGUCCCGUCACUAUCACAUGAAGGUGCACUUGCUGACAGUGCACAAGGUGCCUGAUUCUGAGAUUGAAGGUCUUCUUCGCAGUCAGAACAUUGCUUGAGACGGGAUGCUUAAAUUAGGUUGUCGUUCUACCACAGUGCGGUAUAUUUUUUUCAGCUGUAGUCCUCGUGGAAGUAUUCAGAGACAUUGCUUGUAAUGGAUAAUAUUAGGAGUGAUUCCUUUAAUAAUAUUUAUAUUGUAGCUAAAAGGCAGUUUUAAUAUGUGGUGGCGUUAUACAUCUAGCCCUAAAAAUAUUCAUAGGUGCUAGAACUUUGAAUGUGGAUCUCAAAUGUGUAUGGUAUUGUUUGUUUAGAAGUUUAUAAUACAGUAUUUAUGCUGAAAUUUAAUCAUUGGUAAACUGUUGAUGUUAAGUUUGUGUUUUGUUCAAAUCAUUUAUAAAGAGACAGAAGUAAUUCUUGAACUUGCUUGCCAACACAAUGCUGACACCUCACAGUAUUUAAUAAUUUGUCUGAUAGGGAAUGCAUAUAGGAUUAUGAAAGGUUGUUUUAUUUUUCUAUACACUAGAUCAUUCAUUAUUGUAUAGUCAUAAUUAUAUUACUAUUUUUUAAAUACAGAUGUUUGCUGAGAUUAGUUAUAAUACAGAGAAGGAGAAGGUAGCUGUUUCAGUGGUUAGAUGUGUUUAUUACAAUAGCAUUGGCAGAAAUUUUAGCAAAUAGAAUGAUUGAAUAUAUGUUGAAUUGAGUAAAGGAAAGGAUAUAGGUGAAAGGAUGAAUGUAAUCACUGAAAUGGGUGUGUCCUAUGAUUAAAAUUGUCAGAGAUAAUGUCAGAUUAGGAAACAAGGCAAAUUAUAAAAUGGAAUCUUUGUUUACAUGAACCUAAGGCUUAAGUCUUAAGACUUAAGUGAUUGGGUACUGUGGAAAUAUGUACUAGUAGCACAAAUCACUAUACAUUAGUUAUAAAAUUCUAUUUAUCAAGUAAGAAAAAAGUUUGAGCCAGAUAAAGUUAAGGCAAAUACGAUUAUUUAUUUAUUCGUGUUAGCAAAUGUUGCCAGAUAAUUUAUUUUUACCAUAAUUAAUAUUUUCCUGUAAUAAUUAGCUAGGAGACUUCAAAGGAAUCACUUUACAGUAUCUAUUAAUAGGUGAAUUACCCUAUUGUCUAUGGUGUAAUAUUAUACUGUAGUUUGUGAUUGUGAUCGACUGGUUGCUAUAUGUGUGCUGUGAGAACUGAUGGUGCAAGUAUUUAAAUCCUGGAAGAGGUGCAAUUCGUUUAUAUUUUCUGUAAUAUAAUGAUCAUUAUAACCUUAGUUUCCAAUGUUACUACCUUUAUGAAAAUUUAUAUUUUCAUGCCUUUGUUAAUUGUGUUAUACAAGGUGCUAUUCAUGACAUUAAAUGGCGCUGUGUCGUAUUUAUUAUAUAGGGAUGAUUGCUCCUGUUUAGUGAUACGGACAUGACAAGUAUGAGAGGCUACCUUUCUUGCAACAAAACAUUCCGUUUAUAUUGUGCUUAAGGUAAGAUAUCUCUUGGAUUUACUCGAGAUAUUUUGUAUGUACUGUAAUUAUAAUGUUAAUGUUCAGUUUUAUCAACACUUCUUUUUUUGUGUGUGUGUGUGUGUAUUUGUAGUAUAAUAUGGUUUCCUAAAAGAAAAAUUUAUAGUUAACACAGAUCUCCAUAUUUUGAAUUUAGUCAUACCUGUUACCAAUAUGAUUGUACACAUGUUUAAUUGUAUCCAGUAGCUUUUCUAGAUUGCUUAGCCCAUUUUUUUAUUACAUAGUUUGAAACCUGAUUCUUUUUUCAAGUGAGUGGAAGUCUGAUGCACAAGCUUCUCAAUUGUAACAAUUGAUUUGCUUAACGUUUGGUUAGGUUCUGAACUUCUCUUGUUCAAAUUUCAGUACGAUGGUUUGUUAUGUGUAGUUAAUGAAUUCCCUCAAUCUCCUGUGUAUGAGAAUUCUAGACAUUAGCAGAAUUCUUAGAAAUCUGUUUCAGUGCAACCAUUGUACAGAUUGUUAUUAAAAUAUCAGAAUCAUGUUACAGUAGUACUGAACUUCGUAAAUGAAUGCAUUUUUGUUUUCCUGUGCUGAUUAAUGAGUUGUCCUGUACAGAAUAUUUAAAAAAAAAAUUUCACUUGUCCCCCAUAUUAUUAUUAUACUGUAUUCAUAAAAAGCACUGAAAUCAUCCUUGCACCUUUUAAAUGUCUUUCAACAGUGGGAUUUUAAUCCUUUUGUCAAGUAAA